UGCUCUCUGUUCCGCUUGCCUGCUGCCUUUGAAGCUCGGCAGCUCUCCUCGUAGACGUGUGCCUUCACACCUUGCCUGCUUGUAAUUAUCCUUCCUUGUAUUAUGUGGCUUACCCCCUCUUAAAAACAACUGAUGUCUUGUGUGACGUCCUGAGCCCUGUACUAGUUCCAUUGCCUUUUCCUCACUAUGACCUACAGUGUAACCAUCACCAUGUGCUGUGGUGUGAUGUCGGUUUUUUCCCCGCUAAUGACAAAGCUCUUACCCUGCUUGGCUAAAAAAACGAACAAAAAAAACAGACGAGAUUUUUUGAGGCCGCCACAGAAGGAAGUAGAAAGUCUGCACAUCCUCUUUUCAGUUAGGGUGAGAAGUUGGAGCUGAUCUGUUGAGCAAUGAUCCCCGCUGGGCUUCAGUAAACAGAGGGGUGUUAAUAUGUGAUGAAUGCUGCAGUGUUCACCGGAGCCUGGGGAGGCACAGUUCACAAGUCAGACACCUGACACACACGCCGUGGCCUCCUACUCAGUUACAGAUGGUGCAGACACUCUACAACAAUGGGGCCAACUCCAUCUGGGAGCACACCCUGCUGGACCCAGCCUCCAUCAUGAGCGGGAAGAGGAAGGCCAACCCGCAGGACAAAGUCCACCCGAACAAGGCAGAGUUCAUCAAGGCUAAAUAUCAGAUGUUGGCCUUCGUCCAUCGGAUGCCCUGUAGAGAUGAAGACAGCUGCACAGCUAAGGACUUGAGCAAGCAACUGCACUCGAGUGUGCGCACUGGCAAUCUGGAGACCUGCCUACGGUUGCUGUCACUGGGAGCUCAGGCCAACUUCUUCCACCCGGAGAAAGGCAACACGCCACUGCAUGUGGCGGCCAAAGCCGGGCAGUUGUCUCAGGGCGAGUUGCUCACCGUGUACGGGGCUGACCCGGGCGCGCCCGACACCAACGGCUACACGCCCAUCGACUAUGCAAGGCAAGCUGGACACCAUGACCUAGCAGACCGAUUAGUGGAGAUCCAGUAUGAGCUCACAGACAGACUGGCCUUCUACUUAUGUGGCAGGAAGCCAGAUCACAAGAAUGGCGAACACUUCAUUAUACCUCAACUGGCCGACAGGAACAUUAGUGUGGAUUUGUCAGAGUUGGCGAAAGCGGCGAAGAAGAAGCUGCAGUCGCUCAGUAAUCAUCUGUUUGAGGAGCUGGCGAUGGACGUGUAUGACGAAGUGGACAGGCGUGAAACAGAUGCCGUUUGGCUCACGACCCAGAACCACAGCACCUUGGUAACGGAGACAACAGUCGUGCCUUUCCUUCCUGUCAACCCAGAGUACUCAUCAACGCGAAACCAGGGACGGCAGAAACUCGCCCGGUUCAACGCGCACGAAUUUGCUACUCUCGUCAUCGACAUACUGAGCGAUGCCAAGCGCAGGCAACUGGGAAAAUCUGUCACAAGCCCAAGAGUCGAUAAUGUCGAACUCAUCCUGAAGAGUGUGAGCAGUUGUCCGGUGGACGACCGGCAGGAUAACGACCAGCCAGACUACGACAGCGUGGCCUCUGAUGAGGACCUGGAUCUAGAGCCAUCGGGGAAGAACGAUCGGGCUAAGAGUCUGGACUCUGACCUGUCGGACAGCCCUGUGUCCGUACAGGAGUUCCAGGAUGUGAAGAGCGCGCUGGCCGCCUCCGAGGCCAAGAUCCAGCAGCUGAUGAAGGUCAACAGCAACCUGAGCGACGAGCUGCGCCACAUGCAGAAAAAGCUUCAGUCUCUGCAGUGCGAGAACUCCUCUCUCAGGCGCCAGGGCCCCGUCCACUCCUAUCAGGCCCCGGGCGGGCCCGACUACCCCUCCUCCUCCUCCUGCCUUCCUCAUCCCCCCUCCUCCUUCUUCUCCUCUUCCUCCUCCUCCUGCACCACCGCCACUUCUUCCUCUUCCUCCUCUGCCCUGAAACACCGUCCGUCCGUGCGCGGCAGCCGGCCCAUGUCUAUGUACGAGACAGGCUCCGGUCUGAAGCCUUACCUCCCCCGGGGGGAAACCCCCUACCCCGAGGACCUCCUCCCCACCCUGCAGCACUUCCCUCCUCAUACUUCCAAGAUGGAGAAGCAGAGCAGUGUCCUGGACGGUGACUAUGACAACACGCUCAAUGAUGCCGAUCUGGAGGAUAGUGGGGCUGCUAGGAGGGGCAGGUUGAGGAGCAGUGGCUGGUUGGGAGAGACGGGCUCCAUCCCGGAGUUGAACGACCUGGAGGCCGAGUGCGACCCCAGCCUGCCCAGCACCGAGGACGUCAUCCGCAAGACGGAGCAGAUCACCAAGAACAUCCAGGAGCUGCUACGUGCCGCCCAGGAGAACAAGCAUGACAGUUUUGUACCCUGCGCAGAAAGAAUUCAUGUGGCUGUGAGCGAGAUGGCGGCUCUCUUUCCCAAGAAGCCGCGCUCGGAGAUGGUGCGAAUCGCCCUGCGUCUGCUGACCUCCAGCGCCCAGCGGCUGCAGAGCGAGUGCCGGAAGGCGGUGCCGGCCGAGGGCGGACCGAGUCCCGAUAUGCAGCUGGUGACUCAACAGGUCAUCCAGUGCGCCUACGACAUCGCCAAGGCUGCCAAACAACUCGUGACCAUCACAACCAAAGAGAACAGCAACUGAAGCCCACCCCCCCCCCCACUCCCAACCAAAUUCCCUUCCAUUGGCAGCGUCGGACCACACCCCUCUCCCGCUUCAGCUGUGAGGCGUAGCCAGCACCUUAUACUCCCUGCCCCCAAGACUCCAUCUCUGCCCCCAGUGGAUUAUCUCUGUUCAUCAUGUCUGCUUGUUUGUUUUUUUACAAAUAUAAUAUCCUUGUUUUGUAUUUUCUAUUACUAUUUGAAGCAUACGCAUGAUGCUAUUGGCUUUUUUUUUUUACUUUGAAAUAUUGUGAAUAUAAUAUAUUAUUGUAUAGGAAGACAAUUCCUGGUGGAUUCCUUGCCAAUAAGCCAUAGGACAAGGCUUGCUUUGCCCUUGCAGGGUGCUGAGACUGAGGGAUCCUGCUUUGAGGCAGAGUAUGUUUUAGAACGGCAAUGAUACAGUAUGUGUGAUUAAGUGGGGCAGGUUGCAUGGUUGAUUCAGAAACAGGUUGGCAACCUUUUCUUAUGAAGUAUGUUCGCAGAAAGGACACCCAAACCUUUUGCACUAAAUGAUAUAGGCGCUCAGUCUUGCAGUAGGCUAUGAUGCGAUUUCAAGGUAAAGAUGAAAUUAUAUAUGACUUAGGCCCAAAACUAUAGUCAAACAACUAGUGAAUGUCCUAACUUAAUGAAAACCAGAGGUUUCCCUUAUUGAAAGAAUGUAGAAAUAAUGAUCUCCACAUCGUCACUUAAACACACGUAAACAACACAAAAAAGAAAUUCUAUUACAGUAUCCCUCCCACUGCUAGCUAGAAGCUAGCCUCAGUUUCAUGAAGUUUUGAUUAAUUAAUUCUUCUUUAAAUUUCACAUCAUAUCCCGAUCCCUGACACUUUCCAGGAGUUUUGAAAUAUCACAUAGGAGGCUGCCAGACUGAUGCAACUCAAAGCUUAUAUACCUCAUCUACCCCUAUGCGCCAGACAUCCAUAUAGCAGUGAUUUACAUCCCUCUAGUAGUAUUUAAAGAAUGUAGUUCAGAAGUUAUUUAAUAAUGGUGGUUUCAUUGAUGUAAUAGUAACCUUUUUAUCAGGUAUGUGAAACGUUAUUACUGCCAACCCAUGUUCGACUAGCGAAUGAUGGAAGCCAUUUUUCCAACCCCAUUUUCCUACAACUUUGCAAAAGCAUUCUGAACCUUGUACAAAUAUAAAGUUCCAUUGUAAAGCACUUAUUGCAGAGAUUAAUAUAUCACAUUAAAAGUAUACAUGCAGGGACUAUCUAGCUGUUACUCCUACCAGCAAAUACAGUGUGCUUCUACUGAAUAGUAGUUUAUGUUUGAUUUUUAUAAUUGUAUUAUUCUUAUUAUGAUUUUUAAAAGAUGCCAGCAUAAGGCACACUGUUGUACCUGCUAGUACUCUGUCCUGUCCUGCUUGUAUGUUGUUCAGUAAUAGUGCCUAGGUCAUAAAAUCCUGAUCCAUGUUAGUUUAAAGAGUCUUGUGAUAUUGCAGUGCAAAAGAGAGGCUGGCUUAAGACAGGGAUGUCUGGCUUGUGUGUAGUUACAUGAUUUAUUAGCCAAGUUCAUUAGUUGCAUUUGAAUGGUACCACAGGUUGUAUAUGCAAAGGCUGGAGAAUGGACUAUCAGGAGACCUGGCCAUCCUUGGCAGUAAAAGUUAUAAGAAUGUCCAUGAUGGAAUGCAGAUGGAUGAGAGGUAAUACAUUUUUUACACAGUCUGUCUGAGGUCAUUCUAUCCUGCCUCUUUUAUUCUGGUCUACACAAAGGGAUCAUUGUCAUGUAAAUGCAGGUAUCUGCAGAACAAACAAGAACACCUGCCUUUUAUUUUUCAAAUAAACUUAAUUUAUAACUGUA